UCGAUUUUUGAUAUUGGAGAACUAUGUUGUUCAUAAGCAUUUAAUCUUGAAAGCAGCUUCAAUGUCAUCGACUUUAAGCUUGGAGAACGAAAGUGAUCGUAAGCGGGCUUGUUGAAGGUGAACUCCAUUGAUUUAGCUCGGGCUUGUCAUCAACAAGCUGACCUUCAGCAGUAUAUUGCGUUCAUUUGGCUCCUUUACCAGCGAUAUAUGUUCAUAUAAAACGUAUUUUACCCAUGGGAGCGAUAUGGCAAAGAUUCUACUUUGGUACUAUCUGUUCGACCGUGUGUUUCACAGUCGCCUUGUUAUUUAGAGUGGGGAUCUUCGGCAAAAGGGAAAGCCCGGCGACCGGACUUCCAAGUUCCAUCCACAGCCGUCGGCUGCCCAAGGUUGAAACGUCUUUCUUCUUCUAAAGCAGAUAGGCGUUACCACAGGAAUUCAAAAACUUCUAUCUCCAACUGUUACUAUUGCUCCAUGCAAUCUGCCACCAUUGUUCCGAUGGGCAGACUUCUGCAGUGUCCAGCAAUGCUGCCAGGAAGGAAGGAAAUCUUCCUCUCCCAACUUUUCUUUCACUUUCCGCUUCACACCGCUUCCCCCGAAUCCCAUCGCCUUUCCUGAUUCUGUAGGUCCUCUGUUCAUUCACAUCCGUGGGAGUGAAUUUGGUGUAUGAUGACGAAGGGUGGUAUGCACGGAGGGACACAUAUGGCUCAGGGAAGCCCAACUUCAGGGCUCGAUCCUUCCGACCGAGUCGCGUGCAAGGUGCAAGAGUGGGGAGCAGGAGCGGCGGCCUGGUUGACGAGGGCAGCACUUGAAAUGGGGCGCUGUCUCUUCAUCAUCUUCGUUGCCAUCAUCACUAGCACUACCAUGAUUGAAUGGUGGCCCAUGCUUGUCGCUCCAUUGAUGGCCAAGAACAGGGGGAAAUUUAAGCAUUAAAGGAACCGUUUUGGUUUGUGGGUAGAGAAGAGAGAAUUGUUCUCCAUUUUGGAUUGGUGGUGGCAACGAUGCAGAGAGGAGCAGAAGAUGAAUGCUGAUGGGUGUAGUGGUGGUGGCCGAAGAAUGGUUGUAGAAGGUGAGGAUGGGAGAGAUGCUUUCGGUCGGGGAGUUCCUCAUUUGGCGUGUUAACGACAGAGGAUACGGUGGGGAGGUAGACGACGACGACGACGGAAGGAGUGUUUGUUGUCUUAAGUUCGAUACUUUCUAUAACUGUGCGGCCUCUUCAAUUCUGCAUUCCUCGUAGCUUCUCGGGCUGCGAAGCUGUCUUUCAUUGCAAUGUCUCUCUGCCAUUGAGACGAUUCCACCUAUUAUGGAGGACUAGGGAGACAAAAGGGAUAGGUAGAUACAGAGAGGACACUGCUCUUGCGCGUGUGUGGGCGCGCGGGCACGAAGGGGGUGGUUGGGAGGGAACCAUUGGAGGAAGAAGGUGAGGAAUAAACAGAAAAUGUUCAAGGAAGAAGAUCCACCAUCAGCGUGGGAAUCAACUGUACGGAGAUCUCGUGAGAAUAGGCGAAUUGGCGGUAGCAUCUUCCGCAUGUCUGGUCAGCCGGUAGCUCACGUUGAUGACGAGGAGGAGCAGAACAAUGGCGGUGGUAGCGUCCGCGCCGAGAGGCUCCUCCCCAGUGGCGAUUACUACACGGGCCACUUGUCGGGGAAUCUUCCCCAUGGAAAGGGAAAAUACCUCUGGACGGAUGGGUGUAUGUAUGAGGGCGACUGGUGCAAAGGGCAGACGACCGGCAAGGGCAAGUUCUCUUGGCCGUCCGGCGCCACCUUUGAGGGCGAAUUCAAGAAUGGUUUCAUGGAUGGCCUUGGUACCUACACUGGUGUCAAUGGCGAUACUUACAGGGGCCUCUGGGUGAUGAAUCUGAAGAAUGGGUACGGGCAGAAGAGCUACGCCAAUGGCGAUUACUAUGAGGGCUACUGGAGGAGUGGAGCCCAGGAUGGGAAUGGGAGGUAUGUGUGGAGGAAUGGGAAUGAGUACGUUGGAGAAUGGAAGAAUGGGGUGAUCCAUGGCAAAGGUGUUCUCUCCUGGUCGAACGGCAACAGGUACGAGGGACAAUGGGAGGAUGGAGUCCCCAAAGGCAAUGGAAGCUUCACCUGGGCAGAUGGGAGCUGCUACAUUGGCACAUGGAGUAAGGAUCCCAAGGAACAGAAUGGGACUUACUUCCCAUCCCGAACCUCCCCGGCUGCGAGUAAUCCCAGUGGAUGGGAUCAGCAGGAGGUCUUCACGGUCGAUCUCAAGGAUUGCAAGAUAUGCCCCGGGGAGAAGGUGUCCAUCCUGCCCUCGCAGAAGACACUGAACUGGUCCGGCACGGAGGCCGAUCCUGCGCAGAAGCAGGCAGCGUGGAAGCCGGACAAAGUUGCAGCGGACAAUGCCGCCAAGCCUAGGAGGAGGAUGGGAUCGUUGGAUGCGCCGAGGAAGAAUGCCGUUCAUACUGGUUCCACGGAGAAGGCGUUCGAGCGGAUGUGUAUAUGGGAGACGAAUGGGGACAUCAUCAAUUGCGACAUUGUCGACGGGAAUCCGGUGCCGCUGUCUCCUUUGUCUCAAACGGGUGCUGAAACAGAAGGAGGCCUGCAACAGCAGGAGGAGUUUGAGUGGAAAUUUGGAGGAAGGCAGCACCAAAAAUGGCAGCCUAGGGAGGUCAAGAGGCAAGGAGAAACCAUCGCUAAGGGACAUAAAAACUACGAACUCAUGCUCAAUUUGCAGCUGGGGAUCAGGCAUUCUGUGGGAAAACCUGGACCAUCUAAUUCUCGUGAUCUCCGUGCGUCUGAUUUUGACCCGAAGGAGAAGGUUUGGACAAAAUUUCCUCCUGAAGGGUCAAAGCAUACACCACCGCACCAGUCUGUGGAGUUCAGGUGGAAGGAUUACUGCCCAUUGGUCUUCAGGUAUCUGCGCCGCCUAUUCAAGGUUGAUGCUGCUGAUUACAUGUUAUCUAUAUGUGGGAAUGAUGCUCUUAGAGAGCUUUCUUCUCCAGGAAAAAGUGGUAGCUUCUUCUACUUGACACAUGACGAUCGGUAUAUGAUCAAGACAAUGAAGAAAUCAGAAAUGAAGGUGCUUCUAAGGAUGCUUCCCAGCUACUAUAAUCAUGUUCGAGCAUAUGAGAAUACUUUGGUUACUAGGUUUUUCGGUCUUCACUCAGUCAAAAUGGUUGGCAUGCAAAAGGUGCGCUUCAUUGUCAUGGGAAACCUGUUCUGCUCAGAGUACCGCAUCCACAGGCGUUAUGACCUGAAGGGAUCUUCACAUGGCCGUAUUACAGAUAAACCUGAAGCUGAGAUUGAUGAAAACACUACACUGAAGGAUCUUGACCUCAACUUCAUAUUCCGACUGCAAAAAUCAUGGUUUCAAGAACUAAGAAGGCAAGUUGAUAGGGACUGUGAGUUCUUGGAGACGGAAAGAAUUAUGGAUUACAGUCUGUUGGUGGGUAUUCACUUCAGAGAAGUAUCAUAUUCUAGGGAAUCUGGAACUCGAACUCCAACAGGAGCUGGAGAGCCUGUGCAAGCGAGAGAUGCUGCUGCUCGCCUAUCUAGGGCAGAUAUCCGUGACAUGGAUCAACUGCUUCUUGAUCCUAAUCGGCGUUCAUCCAUUAGGCUUGGUGUCAACAUGCCUUCGAGAGUAGAAACAACAGUCAGGCGAAAUGAUGAAUUUCAGCUUGUAGGUGAACCCACUGGUGAAAUGUUUGAUGUUGUCUUGUUCUUUGGAAUCAUAGACAUACUCCAAGAUUAUGACAUCAGCAAGAAGCUUGAGCAUGCCUACAAGUCCAUCCAAUAUGACCCCACUUCCAUAUCUGCAGUAGAUCCCAAGCAAUAUUCAAAACGUUUUCGCGACUUUGCGUUCAGGGUCUUCAUAGAGGACACAUGAAGAAUGCAACUUGCCAAUUCUUUUGCUUCCUGGUUGUAUAUGGUACCAGAGGAUGGAAACUACAGGAUGAAUUGUUUUGUUUCCGAUCUGGUUUGACACAUGCAGACCAUGAGGAUGAUCCAGCAAAGAGACGAAGGGUCUAGUGGGCACAUUUUGUAAAGACUCCCUACUGUGCCAUGAUCAAGCCAGACCCACGCUGAGGAACGAUGGGAUGCGGUUCAAUUGAAGAAAAACACAUCUGUUUGUUACAUUAUUGGCAUUUCCAGCUGAUUAUUAACCAGCAUACAUAUCUAAGUUAGCUAACAAAAGGUGGCUUAUAUAUCGUGUAUAGAGAAAGGGGAACGUCCAGCCAGUGGAAGGUACAAAAUCUGCAGCCAAUAAUGAUUGGACAAUUCUUCUCACCUUUCAUUGUCUAAUUUCUUAUUUAACUAGGCGUCAAGUAUUGAUUUCAAUAGUUUGCUUAAUAAAUCAUGUUUUAGAUGAUCACUUCUCGGUCCUUGGACAUGUUUUUUCUAUUGAGAAAAAAAAAAUUGGUGUCACACAAUGCCUCUCCUUCUAUGUCCUUGUGUGGCAUAAAUUCAGAGACAGAAAACUCUAUUGCCAUCAUGUUAGUUGCAGACUUUGAAUCUUUCUUGGUUGGACUGGGGCCCCCAAAGUAUGUAUGAAUUGUAAAUUGAGUUUAUUCAAGGUAAAUAUGUACUGGAAUAACACAUAUUGUAUCAUUUUUUUUCUCUCCUCAAAGAAACAAAGUUUUGGGAUGUUAUUUG